CGAAGAACUGAACUCUGCAGUUUGAAUUUUCCGAUCAUAUUCCCAGUCUCCGAUCGAUUUGCCCUUAUUGUUAAUUUUUUCGUCGAUGGAUCCUCACCGGACGUCUCUCAAUCCAAACAAGCACCUCAAAGAACAAUUCGUGAGCAAUCUGACUGGAUCUUCCAUGCUCGAAAUCGCCGCUCUCUUGACCACUGUUCCGAUUCUAGUACUUUUGCGGCAGUCUAUCAGCUCAUUUCACGUCAGUGGUGCUAGAGAUACGCCGUCCGAGAAGAAAGAUAAUCCAGUUGUUGCCCCUAGGAAUUUCAGCGCUUACUUCACUGCACUAACGUUGGAUUUUCUCUCCAUUGUUCUUCCUAUGCUUUUAUUUUUCACUGUUUUAGCAGAAUGGACAUAUGUAUGGACAAUUUUGUUAGCAUUUUUGCUGAUUUUCUGUGUCGCAUCCAAAAGAUCUAUUUCUUCUUCUUCUCCUUCCAUAGAAGGAGGACUGCGCCCAUUUAAUACAAGCAUAUCAUCCUACAGGGUUGCCAUGAUGCUUGUGACAUGUUUGUGUAUUUUGGCUGUUGACUUCAGAAUAUUUCCUAGAAAAUAUGCUAAGACUGAGACUUAUGGUACUAGCUUGAUGGAUCUUGGGGUCGGUUCCUUUGUUUUAGCAAAUGCAAUAGUUUCAAGGCAAGCACGAAAUGUCUCAUCAAUGAAUUGGAAGAUGGCAAUUAAAUCAACAAGUCCGUUGCUAGUGUUAGGGUUUGGUCGGCUUGUUUCAACUGCAAGUGUGGACUAUCAGGUCCAUGUUGGGGAAUACGGAGUGCAUUGGAACUUCUUUUUUACACUUGCUGGUGUUUCUAUACUUUCAUCCAUAAUUAAUGUUUCCCCCAAAUAUUCUGGACUUCUUGGUUCAGUAAUUUUAUUAGGUUACCAAAGUUGGUUGAUGAAUGGGCUAAAUGUCUAUCUUCUUUCCAAUGAAAGGGGAAUGGAUGUUAUAAGCAGAAACAAGGAGGGGGUAUUUAGCAUAUUUGGAUACUGGGGUAUGUAUCUUCUGGGUGUCCAGGUGGGCUACUCUCUCUUUUUUGGUAAUCGCUCUGCUAUCAAGAGAAGUAAGAAGGGGAUAACGACUAGCGUCUGGCUGCUUUCUAUUUUCUUUUGGUCAUUAACAUUGUUCCUCGAAAGGCAUUUCGAAAGAGUUUCACGUAGAAUGUGCAACCUGGCUUAUGUCACUUGGGUUUUGGCUCAAAAUUUACAGCUAUUAGCAAUACUUUUGCUUUCUGAUUAUGUCCCUGGGAGUAAAAUGUUGAUUCUUGAGAAAGCCUUUGACCAGAAUUUACUGGUUUCAUUCCUGCUGGCAAAUGUCCUAACAGGGCUGGUAAAUUUGUCUGUGGAUACUCUGUUUGCAUCUCCACUCUCAGCCCUAUCAAUCUUGAUUGUCUAUGCUUUCACUUUGACUGUCUUCCUUGGAAUUAUAAAUUUUUAUGGAAUUAGGUUCAAAUUUUGGUAGGUGUAUAUUUCUUUGUGUAAAAUAUUCAUGAAAGCAAUGUUUUUUUUCGAAAUAUUAGGUUUUGUUUUACCAAUUUUGGUGGAACUUUGAUGUGCUAUUCACACAUUGACAACUAAUCUUUUUGAACUGUACUGAAUAGGAGUUCCCAAGCACAAUGUAUCAUGUGUGUUAUACUGGACUACUGCCAAGAACAUAUUCUGCAUUGCAUGAGCUUCAAUUAGGUUCUUAUGGCACCCUGGGCAUAAAUAUCAACAUUCACAUGCACAUGCACAUGCAUAUUGUGAUAUUUUUCGGGUAUGCCAAUUGUGCUAAUCAUUGAUCAACACUGUUCAUAAUCCGCAAGACAACAACUCAUUAUGAUGCAUAAGUCGCUUUCGCAUUGUAGAUUGUACUUAGUUUUGGUACAUCACAAAAGAACAGUACAAGAGAGGAAACUUUAGGAACUUGUUAGCCAAUUAGUGCAAGCGGGGGAAAGGGUGAAGAAUGUGAUUGAGUUAGAAUGUGGAUGAUUGCUGAUAUGAACUUUUGAAGGACGAAGCUGACAGUCACAUGGAUUUUCCUGCAAAUGAAUUACCUUACAAGUUGGGCCAUGGUCCAAAUAUCGACCUUCCCUCCAUCGGUCCUCAUCCCUAGAUAAGGUAACAGUUCGCUCUAUUUGUUCUCUUCCUUUCAUGAUAUCCUCUUUCUCUGUUAUUCUCGUGUAUGUGGCACGUAAAUAUACCAGCUUGCAAUGUACCGUGCGGUGUGCAUUGCUAUAUGUUAUAUACCCAUUUUUAAUGUAUCGUAUGCUUGAUGAAUAAACAAAUUAGCCUAUUUGUUCCAUGAUUUCUUUGGCGUGGUUGUGAUCCUAGCACCACCUUCCUGUAUCAGUCUUAUUUUCUUUACCCUGUUGUUUGUUUUAAGCUGAGUUUCUAUUGCUUUUCUGUUUUGAGGGUAAGAUGCUGGCUAUAGAGAACUUUGUAAUGCUCUCUGAUACGUAUGCAAUGAAAGUUCAGUUAA